AUGCACAAGCUAGCUGCAACAUCUAGUGUUCCCUCUCUCCGCCUCGCUCUCGACAUCAGUUCCUCCUCUGACACCCAUCGACCAACCUCUUCUGGAGGCCUCACCCACCCAUCGAGCCCCUUGCACCGCGCCAAUUCCCACCCACUACAACGUUCGCCCUCACAGAAACAGAGGAAGCCACCUGCGUCCCACAGCAGCUACGGAGUCGAGACCUUUCUUGGUCCACCUCCUUCAUAUAGUACUCAACGUACGCUUUCACAAGAUCGGGUUCGCAGCCUCGACCGGAACGGCGGCGUCUCCCGAACCACCAACAGCAACGCGACGCGUGACACGUCACCUGGGAAGUCCAAUGAGCUGCCUGUGGAACCAGAAUCCAUCACUUCAAGACUGUCACCCGUGAAGGUGACUCCCGACGUCACGAAUUCGCCCAUCGCUGAGUCCUCAGGGGACGAGUUGAACCCUCCCGAGACCUCGAGUUCUGUUACUGCGGAUUCCCAAAGUCUACUCACACCCACCUCGAGCAUGAGUAAAGUUUCGCCCACAGCAGCAGGGGCUGUUAGUGGAGAUGAAAAGGAAACCAUGGGUGCACAUCAGCUCCAAGUCGCGAUGCUUGAGGAUGAUGGUAAAGGUUCGAGUAGUGAUGAGCGAAAAAGUGAGGAUUUGUUUCUGAACAUUGCAAAAGCAGACGCGACCCGUGUUGGCCAGCAGUCAAAGAUGGACAAGCGGCGAUCGCGUAUAUCAUUGCCUUUCUUCUCUAAUACACGACCAUCAACGAGUUACAAGUCAUCUCCAAUCCAACAACCACUUGACACCACCACCAGCCCGUCAACGCGGUCAGACGCGCUGAACUACUACAGCAAGCGAGCGUCCCUUGGCCAGCAUGUGCCUGGAGCUUUGUCAAGAGCUUAUACCCAUGAGACAGCGCCUCGCGAUGGGCACCCGAGUACACAAGAUACGCAGAGUAAUUAUCCUGCUGACCUCUCACGACGAGUGAUGCCGCGGCGAUACUCGAACACCAAUACCGAAGCUGGACGACAACGGCCGAACACAGCCCGCACCAACCGCCUCGUGUCAGAAUCGGGCUUUCAAGAACGCUCUAGAUUGGCUGAUCAUAACGCGACCGAGUCCACCAUUUCUACGGGGGCUCCCUCGACUGUCUGGGAUGAAAUGGACGACUUGAAAUCGAGAAUUAGGAAACUCGAGCUCAGAGGCAAAUUGCCGGCCUCUUCGGCGGCGGCAAUGACAUCGUCGGAGAGACCAAAAACCGCCACUACCGCUGCGACAACAAUGUCAUCAUCCCCCAAGCAGAAAUCUACUGCUCCACCACUGCCGUCCGCUGUCGAAGGGAUUCCAUCCACGGUCCAUCCGUUACUACAUGAAGCCCUUGGGAACGCCAAGGGUGCUUUGAAUACUGAAGUGUUUCAGAAACUACAAGCCACAGCCCAGGAUGCUCUACAGUUGUCCAUGAUGAUGCACCCAGAGGGUUCUACUGUAGCUGGAAGUACAGUGGGAAAUGGCUCAUUGUCUGAACGACAAGUUCGACGAAGGACAGAGAGUAUGUGCCGGAGCCUGACAGAACUGGCCAUUGCCAUUCUAGCAGACAACAAGCCGGUUCCAGCACCUGUUACAAGACCAGCAAGUCGAGACAACUAUCAACCACUGUCGGCUGGCCUUCGAAGCCGACGAUACAGCAAUGACGUCAACGAGCGGCCGCCGGUGACUUCCAGAGUACAGUCUCGACUGGACAGUCGAAGGACCAGCGUUCCUUUAGGAGCGGCGUUCAACCCACAACCCACUGCAGAUCACUUAUAUCAGACUCCGCCGGCGGCUUUGCCGCAGAUUCAGACGAAUUCGUCAUCGCGGAUAGGACGCACGUCAACGUCUCUCCGCACGAGAAGAACGCCGGGGUAUCUGGAUGGGGCUACAGAUGACGAAGAAGCCAGUCCGUCUGUGCGGCCAGUCAGUCGAGCGAUGACAGAAGUCAGCACGUAUCGGCAAAUGGCGAGAGAUCGAGCAGCAUACUCACGAGAGUAUACGGCGCAACACCCGAUGCCGGCCUCGAAGGAGACGACGCCUGUGACUCGAAGUGCUAUGCCAGCGAACGUGAGCAGUAAUCUGAUAUCUCGGCGGAAGUAUGCAUCUCCAAGUAGCGUUGUGGGAGGCCAGGAAAGAACGCCUGUGACACCGAAGGAGGCAUGGGGCCGAAUAACGAUUGUGCCCGGGAUGGUGGGAUCGAGCCCCGUUGAAGCAGCACCCGAGAGCCCAGCGAGCAUUCGACAGCCGAAUUCAAGAAGGAGCUUAGGGUUUAGCAGUCGGAUAACUAGCGUCAGCAAUCGAUUACGGGCAGCCAAGGCGGAUCGGGGCACGAGUCUUCGAGAGGCAGUCGAGGCGCGAGGAGGCAGGGAAAUUGCAUCAGCAGGACAACAGGAGUUUGAGAACCACAACAUUAGCAUUAUCGAGCCAGGGCGACAAGGUUCAGGUCCAGGCCAGGGUUUGGAGCACGCUUGA